UAUUUUAUCUCACAUAAUUAUUCUAUAUAAACACUCUCAUUCAUUAUGAAAUCUCAAAGUUAAAUUUAGACACUUCAAAAAACCAUCACUAGAACAAAGGUAUAGCUAUGUCGACUGCAUCAUCUAUCACUGGAGUGACGGUGGAGCUCGUUGAAUUCCCGGCAGUGUUGACUUCUCCGGCCACCACCAAGUCUUAUUUCCUCGGUGGCGCAGGAGUGAGAGGUUUAGACAUUGAUGGAGAGUUUGUGAAGUUCACUGGAAUAGGAGUUUAUUUGGAAGAGAAAGCUAUAGCAUCACUCAUUCCUAAGUGGAAGGGAAAGACUCCAGCUCAACUUAAAGAAUCACUUGAUUUUUAUAGAGAUAUCAUCAAAGGUCCCUUUGAGAAAGUGAUUCGAAGUAUAAAGGUGAGAACACUAUCAGGUCCUGAAUAUGUGAGAAAAGUGUCAGAAAAUUGCAUAGCCCAUAUAAAAUCUGAUGGAUUGUAUGGUGAUGAAGAAGAAAAAGCCAUUCAAGAAUUAAGAGAAGCUUUCAAGGAUCAAAAUUUUCCACCAGGAUCCACUGCUUUUUACAGACAAUCACCAAAUGGAACAUUAGGGCUUAGUUUCUCCAAAGAUGAGACAAUACCUGAACAUGAGCAUACAGUUAUUCACAAUAAGCCGGUUUCGGAGGCGGUGUUGGAGACUAUGAUCGGCGAAAUUCCAGUUUCGCCGGCGCUGAAAGAGAGUUUAGCUACAAGAUUGUAUGAGUUUAUGAAGAAUGACAACUUCAAAAUUGGAAACUGAGAAUCGCUGGCAGCUGUCUAUGAUCUUUAAGACAAAGUUCGUAAUCUUUGAAUAAUCCAAGUGACAUCUAUAUGUCAUAGGUUUAAUGUUGUUUUUUUAAAUAAAAUGUCUUGUCUAUGCAUUUUGUGGAUUUGUGCCUUAUAAUUUGAAUUGAAUGGCUUAAUAAAACGAUAGAAUGUUGCAUUUCUUA